GGCGCGAUGUGCGAGCGGGCGGCGCGCCUGUGCAGGGCCGGCGCGCACAGGCUGCUCCGGGAGCCGCCGCCGCAGGGCCGGGCGCUGGGCGGGCUACUGCGCUGGGUGGGCGCCAGGAUGGGCGAGCCCCGGGCGCCGCUGGCCCCCGACGCCCCCGCCGCCCCCGCUACGGACCCCGGCCCCGGCCCGGGCCCCGCCUCUUCGCGCGGGGGCACCUCUGUCAUCCUGGACAUUUUCCGCCGGGCAGACAAAAAUGAUGAUGGGAAGUUGUCCUUGGAGGAAUUCCAGCUCUUCUUUGCAGAUGGCGUCCUCAACGAGAAAGAACUGGAGGAUCUCUUCCACACAAUCGACUCUGACAACACCAACCACGUGGACACCAAGGAGCUGUGUGAUUACUUUGUGGACCACAUGGGGGACUAUGAGGACGUCUUGGCCUCCCUGGAGACCUUGAAUCACUCUGUCCUGAAGGCCAUGGGCUACACCAAGAAGGUGUAUGAAGGCGGGAGCAAUGUGGACCAGUUUGUGACACGCUUCCUCUUGAAGGAGACGGCCAGUCAGAUCCAGGCACUGCUGAGCUCGGUGGAGAGCGCCGUGGAGGCCAUCGAGGAGCAGACCAGCCAGAUCCGACACAACCACAGCAAACCCAGCCACAGCAUGGUGGAGACCUGGUCUGGGAGCCCCACAGCCCCCUAUGCCCCCAACCACAAGUUCAUGGCUGCAGAGCAAGGGAAGAGCUUUCCACCUGCCUCCUCAGACCCCAAGGAGGAGGGCCUGGAGGCCCAGGUCAGCCGACUGGCAGAGCUGAUAGGACGGCUGGAGAACAAGACACUUUGGUUUGACCUUCAGCAGCAUCUCUCUGAUGAAGAAGGCAUCAACAUGCAUCUGCAGCUGGUCCGCCAGGAGAUGGCCGUGUGCCCUGAGCACCUGGGCGAGUUCCUGGGCUCUCUGCGACAGUACUUGCGGCGCACCGCCGGAGCCAGGAACUGCUUUCACAUUGCAGCCGUGAGGCUGGCGGACGGCUUCACCUUCGUGGUGUAUGAGUUCUGGGAGACAGAGGAGGAGUGGAAGAGGCACCUGCAGAGCCCUGAGUGCAAGGCGUUCCGGCACGUCAAAGUGGACACACUGAGCCAGCCCGAGGCCCUCACCCGGAUCUCAGUGCCAGCUGCUUGGUGCACCCUGGGCCGCGACUGACCACCUCCCUGAGGCCCCGCAGGUGAGCCUGCCGCCGCCUUCCCUCUUCUGAAGGACGUCCACUCUUUUCUAGAAACUUGUAUACGAGCUGUCUUUUCCACAUACUUCCAAAUGAGAAUGUCUUUUCCCGCUGUCUGAAGCAAAGGAGAAGCCCUGCCCCUGUGGGCAGAGUGGCCUCGGAGCUGCUGGGGCCCUGCUGAAACCAAAGGGCGGUGGUGACAGCGACCGGAGGCUUCCUGGAGGCAGCCCCUGCCCCUCCCCCCUCAAAUGGCCACGCAUGCUUGGCCCCCCACACCCAACCCUGGCCUCAGCAGGACUCACCCUUCUCUCUCCCCUCCUGGUUGCCGUUCCUCUGCCUGUAGGAGCCGAGACCCCGUAGUGAACCUGGGCCUGGGCCGCGCCCGCAGGUGGCAGUAGACCCCCGUAGCCUGUGCCCUGCCCGGCAAAGAGCCACCUGGGCAGGAACCAAUAAAAUC